CCCGGGUCCCACUGAGGUUGCGCGUGUGGAGACUUUCUCCUCCGCCCGUGCGCUCCGCCCGUGCGCUCCGCCCAGACUGCCGGGGAAACACGCCCGAGCGGAGGCUGUCUGCGCCGGGCUUGGCUCGUGCUGUCGGUCUUAAACGUGGACGUCUCAGCUUCCGCUCCUCCAUAAGCGACACGCGAUCCUCCGCUCCGUCCCUCCUCUUCCUCCUCCUCCUCCUCCUCCUCCUCACCGACGCAGGAGAGGAGGCCGCCGGACGUCCGCGAGCUCAUAGACGCGCACAGGCCGCCGUAACGCCACAGUAACGCCGCUGUAACACGGGUCUAACAGCGGCAGCCGGGCGACGAGCGUGAUUUCUUCCCCGGCGGGCCAUGCGAGGAGCCCGGGUCUACGCAGAAGAAUGAGUCGCCUCCUGCGGCUCCAUGGCCAGCAGUAACACCAUGCUCCUGGCCUCCGUGGUGGUGGUGUGGGAAUGGCUCAACGAACACGGACGCUGGCGGCCCUACAGCCCCGUCGUCUCCCACCAGAUAGAGGCGGCCAUCCGCAGCAGCGACCCCCGCGGAGGGAGCGUGGUCCUCGGCCAGGUGGACAGCCGGCUCUCGCCGUACAUCAUAGACCUCCAGUCCAUGCACCAGUUCAGACAGGACACAGGAACCAUCCGUCCGGUGCGGAGGAGUUUUUAUGACCCCGCCUCGGCCCCAGGUCAGGGGUGGCAGUGGGAGUGGGAAAACGAUGCGGGCACGUGGACGGCCUACGACAUGGAGGUGGCCAUCGCCAUCGAGAACGCCCACAACCGGCAGCAGCCCUGCCUCGACCUGACACCCCUCGGCUUCUGCUACCUCAUUGAUUUUCAGAACAUGACACAGGUGAACAGACAGAGCCAGAGGUGUCGGAGGCUCCAGAGACGUGCUGACAUGUCCUACCCUCUAGUGUCCGGUCCCCUCCCAAUACCCAAAGGAGGAGGUGUAGGAGGAGGUGGAGGCCUAACAGGAGCCCUGCUGGGUGUUGGGGUGUCAGGGGCCAGCUUGGGAUUUGGAAGCUCUGUCUCCCCAAAUGGGGGCUUACAGGCUACUGGACUGAGCCAGCCUUGUUCCUGCCAGCAGUGCAUGCUGGUCCUUAGUGUGAAGACCAAUACAGGAGGAGCAGGGAUACAGACUCUGGGUAGACGCUCACUAACCAUGCAGCGACCCAGGAACUUAGCACUGGUUUCCUCUAAACCUCUGAGUCCGUCCAAAUCCGCCACUCUGGGUCGAGGACAGCAGCAGAACUCAAACUCCAACUCUAACUACUUUCAGACGCUGCCGCACGGUCUCGCCAUCUCCAGGAACAUCGCGUCUCCGAGAAGGAACGCCCAGCUCUUUGCUCAGUCGUUGGCCGCCCUCACCGCGGGCACCUCCUCUCUGGGUAUCUCCUUGUCUUCUAAUAGGCCGCCUCCACCGUCCCUCCCACCUCCUCAGCCUCCAUCAUCCAAACCCAACCCGAUCCCUCCGUCCAUUCCCCCCAAGCACUCCUCAUCUUCAGCCAACGACUCUGUGCCAACCGCCACCUUGAUUACCCCUGCCAACAACGUGACCACACCCCCCUCCCCUGUGCCCUCUCCGUCGCCGAUGGUGAUGAAGCCGCAGCGCACACUGUCGUCUGCAGCAACAGUGUGCCACGCCCCGUUGCCACAGAGAUCAAGCUUAGCCGGGCUGAGCAGACCUGCGUUACAGAGGAUUGCGAUGGCACAGUCCAGAGCACUCAUAGCAUCAGGUGUGCCCACCGUCCCAGUGAAGAACCUCAACGGAUCCAGUCCGGUUCACCCUGCACUGGCCGGGAUCACAGGAAUCCUGAUGAGUGCUGCCGCUCUGCCUGUGUGUCUGACUAGACCUCCAAAACUCGUGCUGCACCCUCCGCCUGUCAGCAAGAGCGAAGUCAAACCCGUGCCAGGCCUCGGCCACUGCUGCAGGAAGACCACCAAGAAGCAGGCUCGCAAGGGUAAAACUCCAGAGGAGGUGGUGAAGAAGUACCUGCAGAAAGUAAAAAGUCCACCAGAGGAGGACUGUACCAUCUGUAUGGAGCCGCUGGGGGGUCCGUCUGGAUACAAGGGUCCGGUGGGGCCUGUGUCUCGGGCGGAGUCAGUUGGACGACUAGCACAGUGUGGACACCAGUACCAUUUCCAGUGUCUGGUGGCCAUGUAUAAUAAUGGCAACAAGGACGGCAGUCUUCAGUGUCCCACCUGUAAAACCAUCUACGGCGUGAAGACAGGCAACCAACCGGCGGGGAAGAUGGAGUACCACGUCAUCCCUCAUUCUCUACCGGGGCAUCCUGACUGCAAAACCAUACGCAUCAUCUACAACAUACCGCCAGGCCUUCAGGGAGCGGAGCAUCCGAACCCAGGGAAGCCCUUCACUGCCAGAGGCUUCCCCCGACACUGCUACCUCCCAGACAGCGAGCGAGGACGCAAGGUGCUGAGACUGCUCCUGGUAGCGUGGGACCGCAGGUUGAUCUUCUCAGUCGGGACUUCGAGCACUACUGGAGAGUCUGACACCGUCAUCUGGAACGAGGUCCACCAUAAGACAGAGUUUGGCUCCAACCUGACGGGCCACGGCUUCCCCGACCCAGGACACCUGGACAACGUCCUGGAAGAGCUCCGAGCUCAGGGCAUCACAGAGGAGGACGGACCGAUGGAGAAGUGAAAGGACAAGCGAGCAGGGAGGAGGAGCAGUGAAGAGCCGAAGGGAGAAGGAGGAGUAAAAGAAGAGCCCAUAAAAUAACAGAAACAGGAGGAGCAGAAGAGGAGGUCCUGGACUGAAACACACUCUUUCUGCCAGCACUUAACGGGGCUGCAGGGGGACGUUUGCUCUCAUACAAGACAUUGAUUUUGUUUUGCAGAGGGAACCACUUUUCAAGGUUUGGACUGAGUCACUGUCAAUGUCUGUCCAAACCUUUUUCAAGCAAGCACAUCAGCAGAAGUCCAAGGGAGUUUGAGGAAGCAGCAGCACAGAAAGAGGAGGAGGAUAUAUAUAUAUAUAUAUAUAUAUAUAUAUAUAUAGGGCACUCAUGGUUUUAGCUACUAGACAGCCAGGUACUGUGUGAAUGAAUUGGUACUAAUAUUCAGGACAAAACAAGUUCACUUUACUGAGAGAGAGAGAGAACCAGGAGAAGAAGGUCAAACGUUAGAGCAGUUCUAUAAAGACUGGGAGAGAAAGGACAAAGAGAGAGAGAAGUUGGAGCGGUGGGGGAGGGGAGCGGAGGAGGGAAAGCAGGAGUAAUGAAGCAGGAAGAGAUUAAGAUGGCGUAUGUAGCGUAGGAUAGAGGUAGAGUCAAAUUAACUUGUAUGGUACUUUACAGGUGUGUAUUCAGAACACAAUGGAACCAUGAGUGAUGAAGGGAAAGACAGAGGACUGUGUGCUUGCUUUGUUCUACACACCUGCUGGUCUGAGGUGGACGUUUGGUGCUGUUGCUCCCUCCUGUGGUGGUACUUAUGAACUACACCUCCACCUGUUCCCCUUGAGUCAUCCACCUGUGUUACUUUUUAUUAUUGUUGCUAUAGUCUUCAUUUAACGUCACUCCAUACUUUACCUCCUUCUCUUGACUUGAUGGGUUUUUAUUUGACCUCAGCUCUGUAUGUUUAUGAUUGUGUGUAAUGAAAUGACAAAAGACCAAACGGAGGCCUGGUCAUUUAGGCCUACAUGGAGUCUUACUAUUGAGCCACUGUGGUACAAGUUAACCGGAGACACACAGGUACCCGUAUUUACUUAUAUAUCUUUAUUUUUGUCCCUUUUGAUGGUUCAGUGGAGGUAAAUGCUGUGGCAUCCUGUCAACAGUGUGGUAUCAGUGAGAACAGGUGAGGAUUGGAAUAAGAACCUGAUGACGACGAGCAUUUCGCUGGUUGCCUAGAAGUGCUGAGGGUUAAAUGAACCUGGGGCUGGUCGCUCUGCCAGAGAGCCUCCGGAUUGGGCAGAGGGUUGGAGGGACGGGGAGGAUGGAGAGGACAAGAGUUGGUAUAUGUUACAUGCAUGUAACAUAUACAUUUAUGUAUAGUUACAUCAUUUUUACUCCCCAAAAAUAGUUUUAGAUCGAAAAAUAAACCAUCUCAACUGGACUGGCUCCUGAUAGGCUGGCAUUACUCCAAAAUAGCUGACGUCCGUCCCAAUAAGGCCAGUUUUUUAGCACCUGAACCAGAAGGCUGAUGUUGUGGAUUCACCUCAUUUGAACAGGAUCCCUACUCGUUCUGAACAACACCUUCACAAGUCUCCAGUCAAUGAAGUCACAUGGAAAACGAGAGAGAAAGUGAAAUGUGUUAGAAACCUUGUGUCGUCCUUUCAAAUGAUUUCAACAUUCUGCUUCCUUCCAAUGAAUUACUAAUUCAUAAGAGCUCCCGGAAACAGAAACAUCACCAUCUGAAAGGGUUGAAUUCAGGAUCAUAUUAACGUUCACUGGUGGUUUAUGGACGACAGUGUUUUGGUGAUGUUGUAGAAAGAUGCUAGCACAUGCAGGUUGGACGACAUUACAACUAAUGUGGCCGAAACUCAUAAUCCUUCAAAUGAAAAUAUUGGUCACUGCUGUAGUAGUUUUGAUUAUUCAGUUUGUCAUAACUUCUAAGAGAUGCGUUCAUAGAUAAGUGACUGCACGUCUUUUAAAUCACACGUCCAUAUUCCACAUGUAAGUGAGUCCUUGAAAAUGAUCUCUACAAAAGAGUGGGAACCUUCUAGAUCAGAUGAGCUGCUGUGUCGGCCAAUCACUGAGAAUUCUUUUUGAUUCAAUAAAUAUUCUUCUAGCUUUUUUAGGACAAAAUAUCAUGAGGAGCAUUAUUGCUACAGCAGAGGUGUUUGGGGGAAAGCCUAAUUGUAAAGGAUACACAAUAAGCACCCUUUAAUCUUUAAUUGGUUGACCUCAGUUGGAGUUCAGAAGCAUAAUUGGCACCACAACAGUGAGAACAACUCAACUCCUCCUACUCUACCUCUCCUGAUAACACGCUGCCCAGUCUUUGAGUUGGGUCUGUAAAUGACCCCUAUCAUAGUGUUACAAGACCUGUGUGUGUGUGUGUGUGUGUGUGUGUGUGUGUGUGUGUGUGUGUGUGUGUGUGUGUGUGUGUGUGUGUGUGUGUGUGUGUGUGUGUGUGUGUGUGUGUGUGUGUGUGUGUGUGUGUGUGUGUGAGUGAGUGAGUGAGUGAGUGAGUGAGUGAGUGAGUGAGAGACACAGUUAUCUGUGUACUGUGUAUACUACCAACAUGCUCCCAGUUAAGGGUGUUAUUUCGGUACUCCAUGGUGAAUCACAUCAUCAUUUAGCUCUGAUGAUGAUUGAUGAUGGUACUCCCUCCUUCUUUGUUGUUAUUAUUAUAUGUUUUUUUAUAUGAAAUGUAGUUACAUCUUUGUUUUAAAUAGCAUUUUUCUUGACACUAUCAUAGAAACUUAAACUGCCUUUAUUCAUUUUGUAUGUUGAUGUUGUAUUACUUAUGCCCCUUUUUCAUUUGUUCAAAUUGGUUUACAACGGCGAAAUUGUUAAAUACAGUGUCUUCUUUUCAUUGUGUACAGAAAGUUUGGUUGCUUUGUGUCAUCUUUUCUUUAAAAAUGAGUUUGACAGAAGAAAACUUUUAUUUGAGUGUGAAAUGUAAUGAAUUUUAAAAGCAAGUCAAACCCGUAUACGCUUGCUCUCCUGUGAGGUUAAGAUUACUUCUACAUAUCACGUGUCCUGCUGCUGUUCUGCACCCAGCCUUCAGAUGCUCAGCGGAGCUCUCAACAUUUUUGACCCUGGAAGGUUUUGUAGCAGAUGUGUCGAUGGACAUCUCCGUCUCCGUCUUACUGCAUGUCCAUCCCUCUUUUAGCAGCAGAUUGGUUCAGGAUGAAAGUGAUUAUUAUUAUAAACAUUGUCAAGUAAAGAAAAAAAUCACAAGUUGUUGCAGUUUUCUUGCUCUGUUGGUCCAAACACUGCACAAAGACUUGGGAAUAAAACAAUGUUGUAUGAUCAGUAAGUCACUUAUUUUGUAAUUACAAUUUCAUCAGAAAAUCAUUUCUAAACAAUGUACAAGAUUGUAUUUCACUUGCCUGGAUGAAUUGUGAAUGAUUUGGCCAUGAUUUGUUUAUUGCGGGGUUAAAAGAGAUACAUUAUUAACUUUAACGUCAAGAACAUACUGAUUGAUUUAAAUAUGUUGAUUUGUUGUGCAGUGUCUGAAGCCAUGUGAGCAAUGUAGCAAACAGCUAUGUCUGUACCUCACUAUUUCAGUUCCCCAUCACCAUGUCCCCUCCUGACUGAGGGCAACAGCGCCUCCUAGCGUCUGUGGAUCAGAGCAUCAGUCACAUGGUCUCCUGGUUUAGAGGGGUGGGCUGGGAAAAAGGUGAUCAAAGGUGCCGGCAUGGAGAAAGAGCAUCAACAGCAAAGUGUACAAAGUGCUAAAUAGUUGCUGUACGGAUUGAUAGAAGAACAAAAUAAAGAAA